CCCAUCUACAACCGUCGAUGAUGGCGGCCUCCGCUGAAACAAAAAAGAUUCCGCUGCUUGUCAUACAUUAUUGGUCUCACAACACUGUAUCCGGGAACCGACAAUAUUAAAAGGAGGCAAAACGAAGACAUCAACUGCUUUUAAAAGCGUCCUCUUCAGGUUAUAGUUGAUAGCCCACAUAACGGCUGCACAGAAAUGGUGGAGUUGCAGACUGGAACUCCGGGUGCUGAAGUCGGUGAGCUCAUUCUAGCAGCACGGGAAGGAGGGCGGGGUCUAGCAGCAUCAUCGCUCUCCAGGCAUUGUACGGCUGCUGAUGCUGAGCUGUAGCGGAGAAAAAACCAAGGUCCAUGGAUACGAUUUUAGAAACCUUAGGCCAUAAUACAUUGUGGAGAUUAAUUACACGCUCUUCUGUCUGCUAAGAUAAUGAGGAAGAGGAAAAACUGGAAAUCUCUGGAGGGCAUCCAUUCAUUUCCAUGAAGUCUCAAUGAAAGCAUUGGAGCUGUAGUAUUUGACUAAAUGGCGAAGAAGGGGCGUACCAAGGGCGAGAAGCCUGAAGCGCUCAUCUCUGCUCUACAGGCAGCUAACGAAGAUCUCAGGUCCAAACUGACUGACAUUCAAAUAGAACUGCAUCAAGAGAAAUGCAAGGUGAGUAAGUUGGAGCGGGAAAAGGUCCAAGAGUGCAAGCGGAUCCGGGAGCAGGAGCAGCACCGGCACACAGCCACACUGACAGAACAGAGGGCCAAAUGGCACGAGGAGAAGCAGAAGGAGCUUCAGGCGCUAAGGGAGAACCUGGUCCGCCAGCAUGAACAGGAGCAGGCCCGAACGGCCAAGAUCAAGGACCAGGAGAACCAACGACUCAAGGCGGCCCUGAGCGCCAUGCGGGACGGUAGCGGGGAGAAGGUGCGCACAGCGCUGACCCUGGAAGCCAGGGAGGAGGCGCGGCGCUUCUUCGACAUAGAGAGGGUCAAGCUGCUACAGGAGAUCUCGGAGCUUAAGCAGACCAAGAAGCAGACGGAUGAAGCUCUAAGCACCAUGAUCCAGGCAGACAAGAUGAAGGCUGGGGACCUGCGCUCUGAGCACCAGAUGCACCAGGAGCAGAUCACAAAGAUCAAGUGGGACAGUGAGAGGGACAUCCGCAGGCUGGUGGAUGAGAUCAAGUCAAAGGACCGCACCAUCUUCUCUUUAGAGAAGGAGCUGGAGAACGCCAUUGGCUUGCUGCAGAAGCUGCAGAUGCAGAAGGAUGCCCUGGACGACCAGCUGUUCCUGGUCAAGGAGGCGGAGUGUAACCUGGGCAGCCCAAAGAGAGAGAUCCCCGGGCGGGCUGGCGAUGGGGCAGAGCACUGUGGCAGCCCGGUACGACAUAGAAAUGCUGAGGGGAACUUGGAAAUGGACAUGCGCAGGAACCAGAGGCGCAUGGCUGACCUCAAUGCCACCAUACGCAAGCUGGAGGACCGCAACUCACUGCUGGUGGACGAGCGAAAUGAACUGCUGAAGCGUGUGCGGGAGUCGGAGAAGCAGUGCAAGCCCAUGCUGGAAAAGAACAAGAUGCUGAACAAAAGGAAUGACGACCUUAGCCUGGCCAUGCAACGCAUGGAGGAGAAGCUCAAAGUCCUGGCCAAGGAGAACCUGGAGUUGAAGGAGAAAAUCAGCUCCCACCCUCCGCUGAAGAAAACCAACUGUAAAUCUCUGAAUGAUCUGGAUCAGGCGCAUGAUGACCAGGAGAUUGAGUUCCUCAAACUUCAGGUGCUGGAGCAGCAGAGCAUCAUAGACGAGCUGACAAGAGAUAGAGAAAAACUUCUUCGGAAGAAGAGGCAUAAACGAAGCAGCAGACCCAUUAAGAGGCACAUUGUUGUGGACACCUUCUUUGGAUAUGAUGAGGAAUCCAUGGACUCAGAGACGUCCUCCGUGGCUUCGUUUCGCAUGGACCGCACCCCAGCCACUCCCGAUGAAGACCUGGAUGAGGGACUGGCCAAUGAGGAGUCUGAGCUACGCUUCAGGCAGCUGACCAGAGAGUACCAAGCCUUACAGAGGGCAUAUGCACUGUUACAAGAACACCAAGGAGGCCUUCUGGAUGCUGAGAUAGAAGCUAAGGCACAGGAGCAGCUCCAAGCAGACGUGGUCAGGUACAAGGCCAAGAUAGAAGACCUCGAGAAGGAGCUGGCCCAUAAAGGACAGGACUCCAAGUGGGUCGAGGAGAAGCAGCUUUUUUUGAGGCGGAAUCAGGAGCUGCUGGAGAAGGUGGAGAAGCUGGACACAAAAUGUAGUCGACAGCAACAAGAGCUGCAGGACUCCAAGGAUCAGAAUGAGCUUCUGGAAUUCAGAAUAUUAGAACUAGAGGAGCGUGAGAGGAAGUCACCUCCUUUCAAUCAUCUCCGCAUGCAUCCAUUCUCUGAGGGAGUCAGUGCACUGCAGAUUUACUGCAUGAAGGAAGGAGUGAAGGACGUCUGUAUACCGGACCUGAUCAAGCUUCUCGACAUCCUUGGGGAUAACGGGAACUUGCGAAAUGAAGAGCAAGUAGCCAUUAUUCAAGCUAGCACGGUUCUCUCUCUUGCUGAAAAGUGGAUACAACAGAUAGAGGGCACCGAGGCGGCACUGCACCAGAAGAUGAUGGACCUGGAGAUGGAGAUGGAGAUGUUCUGCAAGCAGAAAGGCUAUCUGGAGGAGGAGCUGGACUACAGGAAGUCGGCCCUGGACCAGGCCUACAUGCAAAUCCAGGAGCUGGAGGCGACCCUGUACAACGCACUGCAGCAGGACAAGGUGAUUGGCUACGGUGAGCCACUGAGCGACAUGCAGAAGGACGAGCUGCGCACGUCCGUGGAGAAGCUACGCAGGCAGAUGCUGAGGAAGAGCAGGGAGUUUGACUGCCAGGUCCUGGCUGAGAGGAUGGAGCUCCUCCACCAGGCUCAUCAGAGAAUCCGGGACCUGGAGGAUAAAACAGACAUCCAGCGGAGACAAAUUAAGGAUCUGGAGGAAAAGACAGUUUGGAAGCCUGGAGAUUGUGUUUGUGACUGCAGUGAUUUUUGUUUUUUGACAAAGCGAGUCGUCUUUGUGGCUCAUGUUGUAACAGUGAGUGGAAAUGGAACUGUUUUGUGCGGGACAUGGCUGGGAAUUCCCAUCUGUUUGCUUUGUGUUUUGGGACCUUACUCUGUCAGUGAGGAUGUACACUGACUGUUGCACUGCUAUGGACUGAUCCCUGUGACAUGGAACUCCUCUCAACUGAGUGGGAUAACUGGAUAAGAAUGCUUCAUUGGAAUACACACACACUAAACACACAAAACAUAAACACUUGACAGGCUAAUCAAAACAUAUUACAUACACGCACGCACACACACACACACACACACACACACACAUACACAUACACAUACAAACUCUACCCACACACACACACACACACUUAAAAAUAUCAAGGACACCAAUGUCUGGAAGAUCUUAUCUCUGCUAUGCAGGGGAACAAGUAAACCAUCAAUCUACACCCAGACUAUACUGUCGAUUUAAAAAAGGUUUUCAAGAAGGUUCUUGAGCUGUUCCCAAUUAUUUCAUGAAAUAAACAGGUUUGGUUCAAAGUAGAACCCUUUUUGUUUCAUUUAGGAACAGCCAAAGAACCCUUUUUGGUUCUACAUAGUACCUUUGCUUCUCACAGUGUUCCCCCAGACCACCCCCCCAGACAGAAGAGGUGUCCACGUUGUUGUCUACGCAACAGAUGCACUUAAGGGUGAACACGCAGGACGGCUGAGGCCGCAGGGCCCUGCGAACAUGGCGACGGGCUGAUCUGAUGGUGAUGGCUUGUUCUGUGACCAGGAGAUACAGGACAUGGGACACCCAGGAUAGAGUAUCUCCUCUGAUCUCAGACCAGCUGAAACAAAUCAGGGUAUGGCAGACAGAGGGAGAGAGGUUACUCAACUGGCACACCAGAGAUCCUUUAAACAGAAGGCCGUGGCUUCUGUUUUGAGAACUUUACUUUAACUGUAUUUUUUUAAACCAGCAGACAAAAGGGACUUUCUGGUUCUACUUCUUUUUCUUUUUUAAUAAACCAACAGUCCCAGUCGAUCCCCAUGUACCAAGAUUUCCACAAAGAAAAAAAAAACUCUCUAUAUGGCUGUGUAAUAUAUAUAUUUGUUGAUAUGUACAUGUCUGUUGUCUCUUUCCAUCUUUCUGUGAAUAUGACUUCUUUCUCAUUUGCAGCUUGGACAGCAGAAUUACACACCAGUUCAGAAAAAUCCCAACGCAUGAAUUGCUCUGUUCAUUGUAGUGAAAGCUGCAAAUUAACUUCAUUUCCCUAAUUGUAAUGAAACUUCAAAGCAUUUGAAUAUUUAUACCCCCCCCCUUUUGUAAUCUUUCAAGAUCAAUUAAUUAAUUGUAGCCUACCGAUAUAGGAGUUUUAUGAUUUCUACUAAAUAAUGUCACCGCUCCCUUUAAAAUGAACACUGCGACUUGUAUAUAAUAUGUCCUAAACAGCUUCAUGGUUAUGAUCAUAGAGGUCAGGAAUACUGUACCUCCAAUUAUGGUUAGAGGUAUAAGGAAUACUGUACCUCUGAUUAUGUUUGUAGUGAUCAGGAAUACUGUACCUCUGAUUAUGUUUGUAGUGAUCAGGAAUACUGUACUACUGAGGAUGUUCGUAGUGAUCAGGAAUACUGUACCUCUGAUUAUGGUCAUAGUGGUCAGUAAUACUGUACCUCUGAUUAUGGUCAAGGUGAUCAGGAAUACUGUACCUCUGAUUAUGGUCAAGGUGAUCAGGAAUACUGUACCUCUGAUUAUGGUCAAGGUGAUCAGGAAUACUGUACCUCUGAUUAUGGUCAAGGUGAUCAGGAAUACUGUACCACUGAUUAUGGUCAAGGUGAUCAGGAAUACUGUACCUCUGAUUAUGGUCAAGGUGAUCAGGAAUACUGUACCACUGAUUAUGGUCAUGGUUUUAUUGAUCAUGAGUACUGUACCUCUGAUUAAGUUCAUAAUGAUCAGGAAUAAUGUACCUCUUACAUUACGGACAUGCAGUUUAUUCUAUAAUAAUUUACUAACAGGUCUUUCAGCAGCAUGGACACACCAGGGGUUGGUUGUAACCCUCCAUACUCCGUCCCCUCUUCUCCCAACUGAAAUAGGAGAAAGUUGAUGCAAUGGACACCGGCUCGGUUCACGUUCCCAUCUUAUAUCCUGACUAUGUCCUGGCCCUGCAAUAUUAACUACCUGCCCCUGUUCAACCACCCCACCUCAUUCACCUGAGCUAUCUUCCCCACUCAGCCCUAAUCAGAAGCCUUGGAGCCCAAGGCGUCCUGUUACAUUCCUAUACAUACGUGUACAUUACAUACCCACACAUAUGUGCAUAUGGCCAACGUCUGUUACUUUGUAGAGGAGUGAGGGAUACAAUUUCUGAGCAAACUCAGUUAACUAGUGAUUGCCUUAAAUGCAUGAUCCCUGUCAAUUUGUACGUUAUUUUUAAUGAUUAUGUUUUUGAUCCAAUAAUAUAAUUAUGAACAGUUGUACAUUUCUGUUCACCAAGGACAUUGUUUUGUAACUCUUUACCCUCCUGUCUAACAACUUACCCCCCCCCCCUUCUUUCAAGUAUAUUAAACAAACAUAAAAGGGAUAAUGACGAAAA